GCUUCUAGGCCUGGUUGCUAAGUAGAGGGUCUUUAAAUUCAUUCUAUUCACAAGCCAUUGUGACAUGUACAUGUAUAGACAUUUGUAAACGGAUAUUUGUUUCAAGGAAAACCCGUAGAGGACUCAAACAGGUUCAAGAUGGCGACCGCCAGUGGACGCCGACUCGGCCUUGGAAGCGACAAAGAGGUUGCGGCCGUGACCUUUAACCUCAAAGAGCAGAGAUGCUUGGAGAAGACCAUGCAGACGUUGGAUUUGGAGGAAUCUUACGCCCGGAAGCUAUUAGAACUAGACCAGCGAAUCGUGAGAGUCAAUUACAAAAGGCUCAGAGAUCGCGUCCAAAAGAUCAAAUCGAACCUCAAACCAGCUGAGAUUGCUGAAAUUCGUACGUUGGAAGUAGACGGGAAAUUCAAACCUCAGAAUAGUGCGGUAAAUCUGAGUAGCGCUCUGAAGAUAGCGUCAGCCGCCAGGCGAUUGAAGCUCGGAGAGCGGCUUGAAAAGAAGGAUACGAGAGUGCGUAUCAGAACUGGUCCGUCAAUGACAACCGCAAAUUCAAGUCCGCCGCCACGCCUGCAGAAAGCCCACUCAUUAACUGGGGUGUUCAUUGAUGAACCGGAUGAACCGGACAGCAAGCCACGCGGGGCGUCGCUUGAAGCCGGUCUCAAUAAGAUUGGGCGGCACCCAAUCGCAAGGCCAGGCAGCGGGAAGAUGCGCGCACAAACUUCUCAUGGGUUCCGAGAAAACCAAAAAGACUCUCGCACGCCGCGAGCGCAAACGUCUCAAGGGUUUCGGGACGUGUGGUCGUCUCACUCUGAGAAAAAGAAGGAGCAGAGCGGGGUGGGUAGGCUGGAUAUGCAGCGGGCCUCCUGUGUGUCUAACGCUGUCUCGGAUUUCGGUGUAAAUCCUUUCGAGGAGAGACGGCAAUCGUUACUCGGUAUAGAGAACCUCAAAUCAAGGGGUUUGAGAACUCGAAAAGAUUCUUUUGUUCAGACAGUUGAUGAGUACAUUGAGGCGAAUCCUGUCCCCGAGGCGAUCAAAGAGGAGGAUGCAGAGGAGGUAAGACAGUCAACCAAGUUUAAAACAUUAGAAGACAGGAUCUUUGAAAAAAUGGAUAAGACCGAGGAGUCAAACGCACAAGUGAAACCAAGAGAUCGCCGGAUGUCGGACGCGUUACUCAAGAGACCUUCGCGCAGGGUGGCGCUCAUUGAGGGCAGAAAAACAACAGUGAGUGAAGAGAAAGUAGCCACCUAUUGGCGAGAUAUUACGCAAUGUCGCUACUUCUCCAUUCCGGAUAACCAGUUGAAUCUGACAGGCAUUAUCACAAUGAUUAAGGACCAAGAUAAACUUAACGAAAAUAUUAAUCGGCCAGUUUCGCCCAAACCCAAGUCAAUACUUCAGCAACUCAGUUCAGGAAGUCUUUCAGGGCUUAAGAAACGGCCUCUUUCGGCAGCGGUAUCAAACAGAUCAAACUCGAAACUGGUCACCUCAAAAGAAAUAUGAAAAGGGAUAGGCCUACGGUGAGUGUUUCGCGAUACUCGUGUCUGGUGACGUCAUGAGCGGACGAAUCAAAAUCAACGUCCACUGCACUUUGUUCAAAUAGGUUUUAUCGUUAACGCUUGCGUUAACUUAACGUGGCGGUAUCUCUUUCAGAUGCGUCCAUUGUAGACUUAACGCCAAGUGAGGUUAACGCCAACGUUGUUGGUGUUAAAUCUUUUUUUGAGCAACCGGGGCCGGAAGUGUAAAGCUAGUCAGUAUUCAUAGGGAUAUGGCGACAUCAACUUUGAAAGCGAAGAUCCAGUAUUCCUCCAGCGAUCUCAUUUAUCGUAUAAUCGUAGAUAUAAACAUUAUUGUGACUGAAAAAACUGACCGGCUCUGCCGUCAUGACUUUUAAAACAUUAAUCCGCAAAAAAUUGCAAAAUGCUUUAGGGCCUACUCUUUAAAAAAUCGCUGCUGCUAUAAACCAAAUAUUACUUUAUGCAUAAUAAUAUUAAUCUACUUAUCACAUAUAACACGAUAACAAUAAUAAACCAUUGAAAAGUCA